AUGUUUCCCUCAGCAGCGCUGCGCAUGAUCGGCCUCAAAGGCCGCAUGGUGGUCAUCGACAACUCGGGCGCGACCCUCGCCGAGUGCGUCAACGUCCUCAAGGUCAAGACGAGGAAGAAGAGCACCGGGUUCGGGACCGUUGGCGACGAAAUCGUCUGCGUCGUGAACAAGGCGCGUCCCGUCCCGCAGCUCACGCCUGGCGCUCCCGCGCUGCAGAAGGUGCGCAAGGGUGACGUGCGCCGGGCAGUGAUUGUGCGCACGAAGAAGGAGGUGGUGCGGCCAGACGGACGAGUCAUUCGUUUCGAUGACAACGCGUGUGUACUGCUUAACGCCAAGAGCGAGAUGCUGGGUACACGUAUCAACGGUGUUGUGUCGGCCGAGCUGAGCAACGACCCCAACAACCGGUGGGCAAAGAUCCUGGGUCUCGCGACGAAGAUUGUGUAA